AUGCCGUCUACACAACCCGAGGCCAAAAAGGACCAGCCAGACCAGCAGGCCGAGUCCGAGACGAGCUUACCCUUCCCCAACGCCAUACCUCAACCCAUAACCAAGCCCUCGGGAACCAACUCAACAAUCUACAUCGCGUCUUUCUUCACGCCGCCCUCCCCCCGUCCCAAGGCAUCCCGCCACCACACAUCCUGGGUCCCCUCCCCAGAUCCCUACAAGCUCUGCGCCGACAGCACCUUCACGUCCGAAACGACGCCCGACACGCCCUACACAGCAUCCCCAUCCACGGAGGACUGCCUCGCCAUUCAGCAAUGGGGACGUCUCAACGCAGGGCACUGGGUCGUGUCGCGGCAUGAGCUGCUUACUACUUCGGCCGACGACUCGAAUAUGCGAUGGGCGCCGUUGCUGGUCCUGGAUUCGUGCGCGUUCGUCGUGGGUGUUAGGAGGGAGUUUCUGAAGAAUUUGCCGUGGGGGGUUACGGUUUCGAGUGCUGAUGUGGCGAAGGUCGUCUGGGAGGCUUCCGACGUAACGAUUCUGAUCAACAAUGAUCUGCAAGGCCCACAUAGUCCCUCUGCUGAUUCGGGCGUCCUCUUCCUCAGUGAGAAGAAGACCCGAAAGCAGGCCAAAGCAGCGUGUCAGGCUCUGGGUGAGUCUCUGUGGUCGCCGGACUCUGAGACUGCUAGCAUCCAGCCAAAUCUCAAUUACCUUGCUUAUCAGAAGCGGGUCAAGAAAUCUUCCAAGUUCUGGGUUGCUGCCGAAGGAGAUGGUGCUCGCAGCAUAUCGGUUUCUGGAGAAGUCGCCAGUGAAGAUGGCUCUGUUCGGCUGCCUGUUCUCUGCACACAGACGGCGCCGUUCUCAAACAACACAGCGCAGGACACAAGCGAACAGUGGCAAAUCACGGUUGAAUCCAAUAACGAGAAGCUCACCGGCUUCCGUGACAGGAACACUUUUCGAUUCCUCGGUAUCCGAUAUGCUCCCGAGCCGCAGAGAUUUGCCUACUCCGAGGCCUACAAGGGCAACGGCAGCGACGUCUCAGCAUUGGAAUACGGAUCUCAAUGCUUCCAGUACGGCUCGGGCUCUGAAGACUGCCUGUUCCUCAAUAUCUGGACACCCUACCUCCCCCGGUCGGGAUGCGCGAAGAAGAAGAACCUCAAGCCCGUCAUGUUCUGGAUUCAUGGCGGCGCCUUUACUGGAGGCACCGCCAAUGACGAGACGUUCGACGGCGCCAACAUUGUCUCGCGAGGCGACGUUGUUCUCGUUGCGAUCAACUACCGUCUUGGAAAGCUCGGAUUCCUUGCUCUAGAUGACAGAGAGACUAAUGGAAAUUACGGUCUCGCCGAUAUUGUCGUUGCCCUGGACUGGGUUCGCGAGAAUAUCAAGGAUUUUGGAGGAGACCCUGACAGGAUCACCGUGUUUGGGCAGAGUGCUGGAGCAGGUGCCGCGCGUGCUUUGAUUGCCUCGCCUGAAGCUAAGGGUAAGUUCGCCGCGGCCAUCCCGCUUAGCAACCUCGGCGGCUUAGGCUAUGGCACGACAUAUUCGAAGUAUUUUACCAUAUCUGAGGCGGCGGAGCGGGGAGGAAAUGCUCUCGUCGAGGCUGCCAACUGCACCGAUACUCCCUCGCCGGUCGAAUGCCUUCGAGGUCUUCCUGUCGACCAAGUUACUAGCCUCAACGGCGAUAUACGCUACCUCGUGGUAGACGGAAAAUAUCUCACGUCUGAUGAGCUCCCUCUCUCCCCUGGCGAAGCCCUCGACAUCCAACUUAUGAUGGGCAUCACAGCGGAAGAUGGCGGCCCGUUCAUCUCGUUCCAGCAAGACAUCACAGCCGAGGAACAAGAGAAGUGGAUCACCUCCCAGGGCUUCCCCUACCCCUCCAGCGACCUCUACCCCCUCGCCCCCCUCGACAACAUCACCAUGGCCGUAGACUGGAAAGGCGCCCAGCUCGCGACCGACGCCGUCUUCCGCUGCAUCGAUCAAGCCACCGUCAACGCCGCGCUCACCAACUCCCUCCUCCCCCACGUCUACUACUACGAAUUCGACCGCACCUACCAGACACCGGGAUGGCCCAAGACGGACCUCUGCGAACCGCAGGGCCGUCCCGACGGCGACCCCUCGGCGCCACCGGGUUACCUCCGCUGCCACAGCGGCGAGCUGCUCUACGUCUUUGGAAAUAUUGCGCGCGAGGGGCUCCCGUUCCGGGAUAACCGGGACCUCGCGUUUGAGCAGCUCACGCUCGACAUGUUCGCUUCUUUUGCGCGGACGUACGAUCCGAACCCCGAUGAGGCGUUUCUUGAGGCGAGGGGGUUCGAGAGCACGCUUGGUGCUGUGCGGAGGACGGGGAGGUGGGAGGCCGCUGUGGAUGGAGAUUUGAAGCUUCGGGCUUUGGACUGGCCUGGUGAGGAAGGGAGCCAGAUGGAGGGCUUUAGGAGUGCGGAGCGGUGCGAGUGGCUGGAGCUGGGGUUGGACUAUUACUUGUGA